AAGCGUGAAGCGACAAUAUUUCCUGAGGUAAUUUGAGAUUUGUGACAAUCACACUACUUGAUUUUCCCGUCUCGCUUCUAAGUUCCUAAUCUUCGGGUAUUUCAUUUAAAAUUUGAUUGUAUUUCUCUUGGAUUCGCCGUGUAUAGCUGUUCGAAAUACUGUGCCAUAUAUUAGGACUAUUUCAGUACUGGUUUGCUCAGUCUAUCACACUGUGAUCUAGUGUAUUUUUAGACCAACUAUAGCGGGCAAAACCACUCGAUCUGUAGUGCGUUUUUUUCAAGUUCCUCAAACAACGAGGAAAGCUCUGAAACCGAUGCAACCAUUACGAAUCGAAAUCGUCCUACUCGCGUCACCAAAUCCAGGCAAAAAAUCACUGGGAAAGUCUUGAAACUUUAAAAAUACUAAGUUUUGCUAAAUUUACAUAGAGCACAGCCACGGGUUUUCCUUUAGGGCCAUUUUUACCAACCGGCGAAUUUCAAGACGAAAUUUUUUCUCGGUCAGGCCAGCUUUUGGUUCGUGAUCCGAGCAGAUAACCUUUGAGAAUUCUCAAGAAGGAAAAUUGUUGUCUAUGAAGCUUUUCCGGUCGCCAACUGGCGAGAAUUUGGGGGGAGGAGUAAUGAGAUGAAAGUGGUAAUUCUUCACCGUAACUCGUGGCGUAGCGAGUCAGUUUACUUUUGAUUAUUUCACGAGGCAUUGUUUUACAAUUCUGUGACGUCACGUACCACAUGCGCCUUAUGCUUUCCUUCGCCCUUCUUUCCUCAAUAUCGCACCAAACAACCCUAAAAGGUAAAUUUUCACGUUCAUUCCAAGUUUCGCCGCUUUUUUCAAUACCCAAUAGUACUGGAAACUUCAGAGACUCUGUAGUUGUUCAUAAACUCGCUUCGCUCACGUGUUGCAGCUUUUCCAGAGCUCGCUUUUGCAGGUUUCCUAAGCUUUCGAGAGUUAAAAUUCCCUCCAAACGCCAUCCAAAAUGGCUGUUUUUGUCUUAAUUCGACGAAGGCCAGAUGAUGCGUAGAGGACAGGCUUAAAGUUCAAGAAAAGAUUGGAAGCAAAUCAAGAACGACUUUUGCCGGCAUAGCUGCGAGUUCGAAAUACCUCGCUGUCCUGGAAUGGAUCCUAGAGACGUCCCAAAUCACAGUCCCGCACAUACACAUAGCUUUUUCGACGGCAAUCCAGGCCAUGCUAACACAGUACUUCGCUCACCUCCAUUGUCCCACGAUCCCACUUAUGGAAUGCAUCCUAGUGCAUUUCCUAUGAUGGGCAGAAGACCAGGAUUACCAGACUUCAGAGGCCCUUUAGACCCCAUUCUCGGUUCUCAGAGCAGCUUGACGUCCCCUGGAGGAUUGCAUGGGUCACUCAGUAGCACAGGGGGUACCGGCUGGUGGUUGCCUCCCCAUCCACGUGCGCAUGGAAUCACACCAGAGUACUUCACCAGUCAUCUUGGAGGAAGUUGGCUUUCUCAUGAGCACGACUGUGCAAUGGCCAAUCAUGAGAGACUAGAGGAAUGUCUGUAUCAAUCUUCCAGGUCAAGGAACUCUCUAAUGAAUGGGGUGAAUUCCUCUGGAGUGUUUGGAAGUGGAUCAGGAAUUUUUUACCCUCCUCCAUCAAGUCCACAAUCCAUGCACGGUUUUGUACAUCAGGCAAGUCCUACUACAAGCACAUCAAAAAGUGGAUUAUCUCAUUGGAGUAGCCAUGGCAACCAUGAUGGUAAGGGUCUUCUUGACUUGGGCGAAAGUCGUGAUCUAGAUAUGAUUCCACGUUUGAACAGGAAAUCGAGCAAUUGCAGUGAAGAAGGAAAUAAUAGAGACAGUGAUGUACGACCUGGUGAUACAACAUUACUUCACAAAGAAAGAACAAAGGAUACAAAAGUUGAACGGACAAAAACCAGCAACAGCUUUUCUGAAAAUUCAGAUGCAAGAUCUGAAAAUUUGAUGCAGUCAAAUUCAAGCAGUGAAAGCAACAGCUCAUGCAGUCAAAGACAAUUGGAUCUCCCUCGACAUAGUGAUGUUAGCAACAUUCCAACUCAGCAAAGUAACUUGCCUUUAAAAAGUAAUGAUGCUAAAUCAGUUCCUAGAGUUGUUGAUGAAAAUCACAAAUCUCCUAGUGCUACAUCAGUCACUGAACCUAGCAAAGGUAUGCCAACUCCUCCAAAGCAGCAGAAGGUUAAAUCAGGUCCUCCCCCACGCUUGCAAGUACCACAAUCUAUUUUAAACAAAACAGAAGGGAUUGUUCCUACAAACCCGGAACCACAAGUUAAAGCCGGAAAAGACAUUCAAGCCCUGCUCAGAGAGGAAAUGUUGAAGCCAAGCAAAAAGGGAAGUACAACCUCGGCAAAUGCUAAACCCAAGCAGUCCAAAGCAGAAGUAGCACAGAAUAUAGCCCCGAGUGAUCAUGCAGAAAAAAAGUUGAAAGCUGCAUCUUCUGAGCACAAAAUACAGAGUGUGUUAAAAGGUGCAUCUGGUACUCAGAAGUCUUCAUCUGUUACUCCCCCUAAGCAACCAAAGAUUCCAUCAGGUAAACCUCCUUUAAUUGCGCAGUUCCGUGACGUGAAGUUUGAUAAGGAUAGCAGUGAUGAUGAUAGUGACAGUAGCAAUGUUAGUAGCGGCAGUGAUAGUGGGAGUGGUAGUGAAGACGACAGUGAUGAAGGUGAGGAUGGUGAGAAUGAGGAAGAUAGCAGUGGCAGUGACACUGACACUGACGGCAGUGAUGAGGAAGAGGAAGGGGGUGAACAACAUGAUGACGAUGAAGAUGAGGAAGAUGAUGAUGAUGUUGCUAUGGAUACCCAGGAAAGUGGGGCAUCUUUUGAAGAUUCCUCUUCGCACAAAAGGAAAGCAGAUCAGAGCAGUUCAGGCACUCCAAGAAAGAGGCGUCGAGCAGUUAGUGAAGAAGACGCCAAGAUUCCUCUGGCCAAGGGAUGGAGACGGCAGACCCGCUUGCGACAAGUGGGAACAGCUGGUGGAUUAAGAGGGGAUGUUUAUUAUUUUGCUCCUUGUGGCAAGAAACUCCGCACAUAUCCCGAAGUUACACGGUACCUUAACAAGAAUAGUAUCACUGAUGUUACCACAGACAAUUUCAGCUUUAGCACUAAACUUCAUAUUGGAGAGUUCUUGGAAUGCAAAGAGGGGUCUGGGUUUGAGCCUCUGACAGAAGAGGAAGUAAAACGAAGGAAGCAGGCAGAAGAUGAAAAGAACAGAGUUAAGAUGGAAAAACUCCACAAGAAACAAGAGAAGAAACAAAAACAAGCAGAGAUGUUGCAGAAGGCAGCUGAAGCUAAACUUGUAAGAAAGGCUCAACGGCAAGCUGCUAUGGAUGCCGCUAAGCUGGCCAAGAGAGAAAGAGAAAUGGCCCAAAAAGCAGCUGCCGUUAAACGGCUUGAAAAAAGUCAACGUCAAGCUGCUCAGGAAGCAGUUAAGAUGGCCAAAAGAGAGAGAGCUGAAGCAAGAAUUAGGAAUAAGGCAAUGAAACGAGAAGCCCUGCUGGCAGCGCGAGAGGCUAAAAAGGAAAGGGUGAGGAUGCUGGCUGAACAGAAGCGACUUGCCAAAGAGAGGGCAAGAGAGCAGAGACAGCAGGCUCGGCGAAAGAAGAAGGAAGAUGCUGCUAAUGCUAAGUAUGAGGAUGCCAUGAAGAAAGCAAAGGAAAGGGAACUUAAACGUCAACAAGCAGUUCUUCUCAAGCAACAGGAAAAGGAACAGAAAAAGCAGCAACAAAUGAUGAUCAGAGCUAUUGAAUCCCAAAGGAAACAAGAGGAACGUGAGAGACUUAAGGAAGAAAAGAAGAUGGAAAAGAAGUUACUGAGAGAGAAGAAGCUUGAACAAAAGAGAAGAGAAAUGAUCUUAGCUCGUGAACUGAAGAAGCCAGUAGAAGACAUGGUGCUGAAGGACAGUAAGGCUUUGCCAGAGUUGAUGCGAGUGUUAGGUCUCCAGAUACCUGGUGGGGCAUUUGCUGACUUACUGAUGGUGCAAGAGUUUGUACACAACUUUUGUGAUGCUUUAGAAUUAGAUUCUACAGAUAUCCCCUCUCUUUGGGAGAUGCAGUCUUCCUUGUUAAAUGAUAGCAGUGAGGAUGUACUAGUACCACUUUGUCAGAGUCUUCUCAUUUCUGCUCUGGAGGAUCCAGGUUGUGAGGGCCCAGAUUCUUUCACUGUGUUAGGAGUUGCAUUGUCCAAAGUGGAGCUGAAUGAGACGAAUUUCUCUGAAGUGUUGAGACUUUUUAUACUGGCAAGAAAUGCGGGAGACCCACACCCACUUGCAGAUGCUCUUGUUAGUACUCCUUUUCAAGCGCUGACCACGUCAGACAAGGCCGGAGUUAUGGCGUAUCUUUGCAAUGAGCUACUAUGUAGCAGAAAUAUCUGCAAGGAAAUUGAAAGUAGCAUUGAGCACAUGUCGAACUUACGACGUGACAAGUGGGUUAUAGAAGGCAAAAUAAGAAAAUUGAAGGCGAUUCAAGCAGAGAAGUAUCCUGUUGUGAAAGUGAAGAAGCCGCCAGGACGUCCCAGAGUUGUUGCGGACCCUGAUGCCGAGAACAGCAACUCUGUAGCAGACGACAGCAUGCAGGGGAAUGAGGAUGAAGAAGAGGAAGAAGAAGAAGAAGAGGAAGAGGACGAGGAAGAUGAUGAUGACGACGAUGGAGAGGGGGGUGGUGAUGGGGCGCAGUCCAGUGAGGAGUCUGAAGAAGAAGAUGAUGCCACAGAGCCCACGACUCAAGAGGAACUUGAAAGAAGGCUUAAAAAGCUUGAAAAGAAACACGCACAGUUCCGUUCCAAAUUGUUUGGUUCAUCACAUGCCCUGAGAGCUCUCUGCCUGGGUCAGGAUCGUUAUAAAAGACGCUACUGGAUCCUUCCUCAUGGAGGAGGUGUUUUUGUCGAAGGACUGGACACAGCAGAAAAAGAAAUAGUACUUGAUUUAAAGUCCGAGGGCGAAGAACCAAAUGAGAGUAUGCAAGUUGAUGGAAUAAAACAAGAACCUAAAUUGGAGCAGGGGAAAGAAGGUGUAGUUGGAAAUCAUACCGGUGGAGAAGCAAGCCUGAAAUCCCCCACAAACACUUCACUCAAAUCUCCUCUCAAAUCGUUGAACGUGUCUUCAUCUUUAGAGAAUAUUUCCAAAGCAGACACUAAUACUGGGAACGGUGCUUCAUCAGGUGACGAUAAAGGAGGCGUGAAUAACAUUAAUGGAAAUGCGCAAGGUCAAACAGCGCAGCCGAAGCUUAACAACACGUACAUUCCGAUGGCGGCGAGUAGGAAUGCUAUGGAAAUUCAACGCAUUGAAAACCUCUUUAGAGAUGAAGCGUCAACUUCAAAACCUGAUCCAUCACACCAGAAACUUUUAAACCUAACACAGGGACAGGACGGAAAAAGUAGACCUUGGUUUAAACUGCUACCGCGCAUGCCCUGUGAUGAGACUUCGCUGACUCUCUCUCAUAGUCCCGGCAGUGGGCACUUUGUACCAACCUACAGCAAGAGAGGUGGAGAUGCAGAGAGUGUGAGCACCCCUCCGCUCAAACGUCCUCCGGGUCGACCACCAAGGAUUUCCAAUCCGAGUUACGACAGCGCUAAUCGUGUAGCAAGUCCUCAGAGUAGCGCCUUACUACAAAACGUCGCUAAACAAACGACAACGAUUCAGUUCCUUCCUCAACUACCUGUAAAGAGGCCCCCCGGAAGGCCCCCGAAAUCGUCCUACCAGACUGUGAAUUUGGUGUAUUUUGAUGGGCAUCCCGGGGGAGACUUACCAACAUCAACUCUGGCGCUGAGUACUCAGUCAGCGUCAACCAUGUCGCUGUCAUUUGAAGAGUUGAAGAAGAACGUUUUGGAGUCUCUUAUGCAGGAACCUGCUCCUAUCCCACCUGAGUUACAGCAUGGUUGGUGGAGGAUAACAGACCCUGCCCAAGUGAAGGAGAUUGUAAAAAUUCUACACUCGAGAGGAAUAAGAGAAAAGAUUCUCCAGAAGAAUUUCCAGAAGUAUUCAGAGUAUGCCAACAGCUCAUGCACAAAGGGCGACCGAGUUGAGAGUGAUUCUGAUGAUGAUGAUGAGAAGCUACAAACAUCGACCACAUCUGAGAAGAACAAAAACGUUCCCUUCGAGGAUAAAACGUUUCCAGAGGUAGCGUUUGCCGUCGACAAAGCAAUUCUGAGAGAAGUUGAGGAGAUGGAAGAAAAAGUGUUCACUGCAAGUUUGCAAGUCAAGGGUUGGAGGUUGCCUACCAAAGCAUCGAAGGGACUGAGUCAUAACUCAAGUUCUGAAUCGAAUUCGGACUGUGAAGAAAACCAAAGUCCGUUAGCUAUUGCCAUAACAAGACUCCUUGCAUUAGAACAGGCCGUAGAGAGACGUUAUCUGAAGCAUCCGUUGAGGAAUGACAAACUCCACAUCCCCACAAACAUUGGAACUGCAGCUGCUCCAGGAGAAGUGCCCUCAGAGGAUGGUCAGCCUAAAGAAGCUGAGAAGUCAGACAUUACUGAGGAGGAGAUAAUGACCCCGGCACUGAAGAUCUGGCGCAAUGCAGUGGUGACAUCACAAUCCGCUUCUCAGUUGGCCAUGUGUCUGAAUAUGUUGUAUGACUGUGUGGCUUGGGAGAAGUCCAUCAUGAAGGUGUUCUGUCAGAUAUGUCGCAAAGGCGACAACGAGGAAUUACUGCUGUUGUGUGACGGAUGCGACAGAGGAUACCACACCUACUGCUGCAUGCCUAAGCUCUCGUCGAUACCCGAAGGAGACUGGUACUGCACUGACUGUAUAGUUCUGGCUGCUGGAAGCGACAACUGCUGUAUGUGCGGAGGGGCAACAGGAAAAAUGGCCAAGUGUGACAACUGUCCAAGAAACUUUCAUUUACAGUGCCUCGAGCCGCCGCUGAGCAAGGUUCCAAGGGCGUCGUGGACGUGUCCAAACUGCAAAAGAAAACGUAGCAAACCACGGAGGAGGCGAAAGAUUAAGGACGAUGACGAGGAGGAAGACGACAGGCGACCUCUCACCCCUCCCCUUAAGGAGGAAGUUCGCCCUCACGCCAACCGGAAGCAAGCUUCCAAAGACAUGGCGCCUUGCCGCAUGAUCCUGGCGGAAAUGGAAAAACACGAGGACGCCUGGCCUUUCUUAGUUCCGGUCAAUCCUAAACAGUUUCCAGAAUAUUAUAAAAUAAUCAAGAGACCAAUGGAUUUCCAUACUAUGAAAAUAAAGCUUCGUGAUUGCCAGUACCAAGGACCUAACGAAUUUGUGGAUGACGCACGAACAGUUUUCUUGAACUGUGAAGAAUUUAACGAGGAUGAUUCAGAGGUUGGACAGGCUGGAAAACGACUUUUUGAAUUUUUUGAACGCCGCUGGGAGCAAUUGGCUCCAAAUAUGGACUGAGAGAGGGAAGGAGGAAGGAAGGUUUUCUUCAGACGGAACAAAGACUAGCUACUACUUCCAUGUGAAGAAUGGAAUAUUUCUCUUCAUGAGAAAUGCGAAACAAAAUCAACGAUGCAUGAUCAUGCUAUUUUUCUGGGGGUAGGGGUGGGGCAUGUUUUGGUUUAUUCAUGUCACUAUUGAAGUUUUGUACGAGAUCAAUACUAUUUAGAUGAUAGAAUGCCAUGUCAGUUAUGUAAUCAGUCAAUCAACACAAACCUGUAAAACUUGUAAAUAACCAGAUUGACCAGUCUAACGAUCGUUAAAACACGUAUUUAAACCAAUGAGAACCACAAUGGAGUUUUAAUGUAAACGUUUUUGUAUGAAAUUUUUACUCUUGUAGGCUCGCUGAAAUAAUAAAAAUGUUUUGGCUCUUUUUAAAA